UAUAAAAUGAAAAAAAAAGACAAAUCAAAUGAGAUCAAUCAAUGCCAUAUUAUCCAAAAUAUAAUUUUAAUUUAAUUCAGUAUUGUGAACGAAUUUAAUAAGCAUUUUUUCAUAGGUCAAAAAAGUUUUCAAUGUCAUGGGUACAUCUUUAUUAUCAUCUGUUGAAUAUAUAUGUAUUAUACAUAUUAUAUGAAAUGUAGAGAGAGAGAGUGUGUAGAAAGAGUCUAAAAUAAUAUAUACGAAAAGAGAAAAGAGAUCUAACAAAUUUAUGAAGAGAGAUAUGAAAUAUUUCAGAAAACCAAAACAAGUUCAAAAUUAAGUAUAAAAUCAAUAUAAUUAUAAUAAGAGUAAAAUAAAAAAAGAGAUUACGUAAGUAAUUUUAUAAGUAAGUAUUCGAGACUUUUUUGUUCAUUCUUAUUGACUUUUGCUACACGAAGAGGAGACUUGUUCUCGUAAUCAUGUGUAUGUAGGCAUAGGUAAAAUAACCACUUUCUAUGCUUUAAGAAAUACUAUGCGACGGAGAGAGUUAUAUUAUAUACAACGUAAAUACACAAAAAGUAACUGCUAAAAUGGCCGUCAAUGGAAUAUAUUGCUGUUGUCGUUGUGGAACUAAUCAAUUAUUUUCUUCAGAUGACGGAAUCUUAUUUUCUUUCAAUCAAAUUAAGUAAUUAUUUAAAAGUGAAAUGAAUCUUCAAAUGCCGAAGUGCGUAGCAAAGCUUUUAAAUUAAUGUACUUUGCUGAAAUUGAUCAAACAAAAAGACGUCAGAUACAUACGUUGUUAAUUAUCGAUAUUAAAGUGUUUUCAUAUAAAAUACUUUUAAAAAAUCACCAUCCAAACUAAAAAUGUUGCGUACAACCAUAUUGCAAAUAAUUUUUUAAUACGCAACAGACACGUUCUUACAUAUUGCCAUUGCUGAAACAUCGUCGUACAAAAUUAAUUAAUAAAAAAAAGUAUUGAGGAACUUGAAAACUAAAAAAUCUUUUGUGUUAAAUAUUACAAAAAAAAUAAGAAAUAUCAUAUGAUUUAUUUGAUAUACACGUAUAUAUUUGAUAUCUGUGAUAAAAUAUGUAAAUUUUAAGAUGGACUUUUCAAUACCGAUAGAAUUGGAAGAAUUAGUUUUAUGCAGUUGUUGUCACUUGCCAUUUAAUGACAAUGAUUCAAUUCCAAAAUUAUUUUCCUGUAGACAUUUUUUCUGUUUAAAAUGUACGACAACCGUACUUCUAAAGGGUCAUGAAUUAUAUUGUAUUCACUGUUGGAAAAGAACAGAGCCACCUGAUAUGAAACCAGAAAGUUUGCCGACAAACAACUCGAUCCUCUACAUACUUAAAAAUAUGAAUGCGUUAACUACUAAUAAUGUGUGUACUAAGCGUUUAAUUAAGAGUUGUAGUAAGACCGACGAAAAUUCAACAAGUGGAAGCGUUGGAAUUUCAAAUAAAAUUAGUAUGGGAGAGAAUUGUCUUACACAUGCGAUGCCUAAUAGUCUAUGGUGUCUAAAGUGCAAUAUAUUUUUGUGCCGAGCAUGUUCAAGCACCGACGAACACCGAAACCAUUCGAUUAAAGCAAAUACAGAAGCUAAGGAUAUAAUUAGUAACGAUAUUGCCAACGAAAUACUCAGUAUGCAAAACACACUUUCCGAGCUACAACAAUUUGUGUUUAAACAACGAGAUUACUUAUUGAAGGUCCUUGAAGCAUGUAUUGCACUCAAAACUCAAGUCGAAGCCGAAUUGAUUGAUCAUCUUCCCACUUAUGAGGUGGCAGAUAUAAAGGAGACAAUAUCAAAAGCAAAAGUUUGUUUAUCUAUGAUAGAUCAGCAAUCUCCUGUCGAGGCGUUUAAGUUGCUCAAUAAUCUGAACAUCGAAAAGCAAAGAUUACAUUUUAAACAUUCAGAAAUGCGUAUAAAAUGUAAAUUAGAUGAUUUAGUCUAUAAUUAUAUUUCUUUAUUCGAUUUUGACACAAUAAAACAAGCGAUACUUAAAAUCAACACUCCUGGAACAGGGCCAGAGAUUGGAACUAAUCUUAGCGCUAGCGGACCUGGGCACGGUAACCCAUAUUUAUUGUUAGCCAACUAUACGAUAUUCCAAUUAUAUUCACGCCAUACAAUAACUUCAAAAAACGCAACAAGGCAAUUAAAGGCUACAAAUGGUUCUGAUAAAAUUAGCUCGUUAAUAAUAACAAAUCAAUUAUCUAAUAAUGAAUCAUUGGUUUCUCCAACCAUACACUGUAAUGACUCAAUACUAUCAAAACGUUUGAUGGAACUAAAUCAACUAACAAAAACGUUUCAGGGAAAUUUUGGCCAAAUACUUGAACCAACAAAAAACUCAUGUGGAUCGAUGCGGACACAACCACUUGUUAACUUGUUUGUACCUGACAUCAAUGGAAUAUCAUUGCAACAGAUCCCUCAAUCAUUUGGACAACAAAGUCAAUCUAAAACUAGUGGAAGUCCAACAACUGGAAGCACUGCAUUAAAUACAAACGUUUUGGUCAAUCCAACACUUCAUAUUCACCCCAUAUAUUUUUUUAAUAUUGAAAUUAAUGGACAAUCAGUUGGACGAAUAUUAAUUGAGGUAAGGAAUGAUGUUGCACCUAAAAUGGCGAAAAAUUUUGAUGUUUUAACGACUGGUGAGUUAGGAUUUGGUUAUAAAGGUUGUACAAUUUUCCAAUGCUGGGAAAAUGAAAGUAUAAUUACAGGAGAUUUUGAACUGAACAAUGGUAGAGGAGGGCGGUCUGUGUUCGAAGAUAGUUUCUUUAUGCCUGAUGAUACAAAAAUUAUGGCAAUACGUGGAUCUGUGGGUAUGCGUCGUAGUCAAAAACGACAUGAUAAUAUGGGGUUAGUAGGUUCCCAGUUUCGUAUUAUACUACGAGAGAUGCGGGGUUUUACUGGAAUUUUUGCAUUUGUCAUAGAAGGUUUGGAGUUGGUAGAAAAAAUAAGCCAGAACGGCGACUCAGCUGGGAAGCCUCAAAGUAGCAUCGUUAUAGUUAAUUGCGGCAAAUUACAAUAAGUCCAACAUAUGCGAUCUAUCUAUAUACAUUACUGUUUAUCGAUUUAAAAAAAUGAUUUUAGUAAUAAAACUAAUUUUGUUUGUUCACAUAAAAUAUGAAAGAAUUUCUCAGUAAUUAAUAUGUACGUAUUUCAAAUGCGAUUUAGAAAUCAGAAUGUCUUAAUGGUUGCAUUCAAAAAGGCUCAUCAAUGAACAUCAAUGAUUUUUUCCAAUUUUUUCAUCAAACGCGUUUAAGUUUAACCUUAAAUAAGAUGGAUUGUUCGAUAAUCGAAAAACAUCUUAAAAGAUUAAAAUAUGUUAAUAUUAAAAGAAAGAUUAAAGAUUAAAAGAAAAAAAUCAUGAUGGAAGCGAUGAGCGAUCUUGAAUGCAUGCAAUGUAUUUUAUUUGGGUAAACAAAAUAUUGAAAACGUUAUGUUUCAAAUGGAGUUUGGGUGGCUAAGUUUCAAUCAAAAAAUUUGAGAAAAUUCUUAGAAUAUAUAGUAAAAUACAGUCAGAAUAUUAAAUUUAAUGUAUAGUUAUUUAAUGUUUAUUUAAAUUUAAUACAUAGUUUAAAUAUAAUACAUAAAAAAAAAUUAUUCAAAUGUCCAGUUCUGGAAAGAAGUACCUGUUUAGAUAGUAAAUGAUAGCCAAAAGAGUAUGUUUCACAAAAAUGCAACAUUAUUGACUGUACAAGUGUUAUAAAUGAAUGAAAAUAUUUAAAGAAUAACAAAGAAGUGGAUAAUCACAGUUCAGGGACGUUAGAAAGUAAAUUUAUAUUAUCUUGGUCUUAAAACGAUUGAAAGUUUUGAAAAAAUAAGUCCUUAAAGUUUAAAUAAGAGUAAAGCUUCUCUUUCUUAUUACAAUCGAUUGUUACCAAAAUAUGUAAAGCAACAAAAUAUCUAUUUUUCAUUUUAAAAAAUUAUUUAAAAAAAAAAUUGAAUCACAUUAGUUUAAAGAACCUCUGUUAUAAGUUUUAUUUAACAAAUAAUUUUCUUUUUUUACCGCAUUUCAAUUUUUUUGAAAAAAUGCGGUAUUGUGCUCGUGAUGUCGUCCGUCCGUCUGUCUGUCCGUCCGUCUGUGUGGUGUGCCACUUUAACUUGGUUUGAAUUAGCAGGUUUGGCGAAUUCUUUUCAAUUGACAGAUUUGACAGCAUAUUUUAAAAAAUUAUCCGUUGGAAAUUUAAAUGAGUGUUCAUCCGUUGGAAAAUGUUGUCGAUGAAAAUUAGUGGAAAACUUCGGGAAAACUCGGAAAAUUCAUGGAAAAUCGGAAAAUCUUGAAAAUUUUCAAAAUUUUAAAAUGUUCAGGGGAGUCUCGCGAGUAACAUGGAAAGUGAAAAUUGAUGAAAAUUUUCGGGAAAACUCGGAAAAUUCAUGGAAAAUCGGAAAAUCUUGAAAAAUUUCAAAAUUUUAAAAUGUUUAGGGGAGUCUCUUGAGUAACAUGAAAACUGAAAAUUGGUGAAAAUUUUCGGGAAAACUCGGAAAAUUCAUGGAAAAUCGGCAAAUCUUGAAAAAUUUCAAAAUUUUAAAAUGUUUAGGGGAGUCUCUUGAGUAACAUGAAAACUGAAAAUUGAUGAAAAUUUUCGGGAAAACUCGGAAAAUUCAUGGAAAAUCGGAAAGUCUUGAAACAUUUCAAAAUUUUAAAAUGUUCAGGGGAGUCUCGUGAGUAACAUGAAAAGUGAAAAUUGAUGAAAAUUUUCGGGAAAACUCGGAAAAUUCAUGGAAAAUCGGAAAAUCUUGAAACAUUUCAAAAUUUUAAAAUGUUCAGGGGAGUCUCAAAAAAUCAUGGAAUUGAACACAUUGAAAUGCGGUCAAGUCAUUCGUUUUAUACACGAAUGCAAUUCAUUCUCGUUUUAUAUUAUUUCGUAAUUAUAAGCUUAUUGUAUAAUAAGCAUAAAAUAAAUAUGUUUAGAAAUAAAUGCAAUAUAAACAAAUAAUAGGUACUAAACAUUACAAAACCUAAUAUAGACAGAUGUAUGUCUAGGCAUUUAAAAAAUACAAUUGAAAGUCAAAGAUAUGUAUGUUUUACUUAUUUUUAAAUUCAUUCAUGUAAAAUGUAAAAAAAGAAAAGAAAUAAAAUCACCUAAUA